CUUGCCUGGAAGGCGACGGCGCCGCGGAGGGGCGCGACCCAGAGGCGAGGUUCCCGUGCCCUCUUGCCAUGUGGGAGCUCGGACACUGCGAUCCCAAGAAAUGCACCGGGAGAAAAUUAGCCCGAAAGGGGUUGCUCCGAACCCUGCGCCUCCGACAGAGAUUCCCGGGCCUCGUGCUUAGUCCUCUGGCUACCGAGUAUGUCUCUCCAGCGGACAGGCAUGUCAUUGUUCAGAGUGGAAUUGCAGUCAUAGAUUGCUCCUGGGCCAAAUUAGAAGAAACUCCCUUUAAGAGGCUGAGAGGGAGUCACCCGCGGCUGCUGCCGUACCUGGUGGCUGCCAACCCCGUGAACUACGGGCGGCCGUGCAGGCUGUCCUGCGUGGAGGCCUUUGCUGCAGCGCUCUGCAUCGCCGGAUUCCCAGACCUAGCCACCAUUCUUCUAAGGAAAUUUAAGUGGGGUAAGGCAUUUAUUGACUUGAACAAAAAUCUCUUGGAAAAAUAUGCAGCCUGUCAUUGCCAGGAAGAAGUGUUGAGUGUUGAAAAGGAUUUUUUAGCCAGUGUCCAUGAAACAAAAGAUGAAGAAAUAGAUCCAUUUGACACUGACUCAGGAAAAGAAUUUUGUAAUCCCAACAGACCAAUCAAUUCCCCAGGAUUAGCACAAAGUGAUGAAGAAUCUGAGGAUGGCAUAAGCACUCCAGAUCGUGCUACUGAAAGCAGUGAUGAGAGCAGUCCAGAAGAUCACGGUAUAUAA